CCUAGUCACUUAGGCCUCUCUAUAAACGCACUCGAUAUCCUUCAACACAUUCCCAUCAAACUUGAGAGUUUCACGUGCUCUUCUGCAAGCUAGACGAGCGAGAGAAGAGAGAGCAGAAAUCCUCUUCUAUCUGCUUCGAAACUCCGGCGAAAACCAUGCCGAAAGUUAUCCUCCAAGUGGAUUGGUCCAGCGAGAAUAAGAAGAAGAAGGCCAUCAAGAUGGUCUCCGAGAAUGAAGAAGUAGAAUCAUUUACUGUGGACGACGAGAACAAGCGACUGACGGUGGUUGGGGACAUGGAUCCCGUAAAGCUCGUGAAGAAGAUGAGAAAGCAUUUUCCGGCGACGGACAUCGUCUUCAUGAAGACCGAGACCCUGGCGGCAGUCGGGACCCCGGCGGCAGUCGAGAUCCCGCAACAAGAGCCUUCUCCACCCUACCCAUACUUGUAUCCCCACGGUCCUUACUAUGGGAGGCCGUCCGCGCCGCCGUACUUGGGUGACAACAGUUACUACCCUGCUCAGUCUUAUCCAGCGAACGGACCCCCGUAUCACUCCUAUCCUUCCAAUUGGGGGCAGCCCUGGCCGCCGUCCGGGGGCUACUAUGGUUAAUAUCCUCAGUAGGAAUAUGUUCACGGCUAUGUGGACUUCGCAAGUGCUUUGAAUUCUACUUGUACUGCUUUCACCUGUAUCGCUCUGCCCUACCCUUUGCAUGGAUGCUAAUAUACUGUUUGGUUUGGUGCGA